UAGACGUGACAUCGGGUAGAUUGGCAUUAGGUUAUAUUCGUUGUAGUUAGCUCAUCAAGACCUCCUGACCAGACAGGUCAUGUUAAUGAUGUUGGAGAUUUUGGUGUUGUAUUCCACGAUAGUUAGCGUGUCGUUAGGACAGGAUCCAUUUUUCCUAUUAUCCGGACCCCCUAGCAAAGUAAUAUAUAGACUGGACAAAACGACGAAGGCUUACACGGAUAUACCAAUAACACAACAACAACCCUCUUCAGUACAGUAUGACAGGGGAACAGAACGAAUCUUCUUUGGAGCCACAGAUGAAAUACAUGUGUACAGUAUCAGAUUGGACGGCUCGGAUUCCAUGGAGGAGGCUAAUGCUGGAAUGUAUGCGCCAGCAAUAACAAUAGACGACAACAGGCGGUACCUGUUUGUGUACUCUCGAGGCUCAACGUCGACUAUUAUGCAGAUAAAACUGGCGGAGGACCCGUUGAUGCGAUACAGCCGGGUGAUUGACAACCCCACUAACAACAUUACUCACAUAGCCGCUGAUCCGGCGACUGGGACAUUAUUCCUUGGCUCCGACGAAGGAGUGUAUGCGUGCAGCUACAACGGGACAGAAACAGUGAUAGCGCUCAACAGUUCAGCGAGUAGUAACGGAAUUACAUUCGACGAUAACUAUAUAUAUGCAAUACGCGGGAAUAUCAUUUGGAGGAUAAACAGGUCUAGUAAUGAAGCCAAACAGUUAUUCACCAUAUCUUACAAAACUAAUCAGGCUGCUCAGGGUCUGGCGGCAGCUGGGGGUCACCUAUACUUCGCCUUGAACUAUUGUGACCAAGGUGCUGCCUCACAAGAGUGUGACACAUAUGUUUAUCGGUUGCUGAAAGACGGCUCACAGUAUGAAGCCUUUAGCCCUUUAAUUCGGACAGCCUACUGCUCCAUGCUGAAGUUAGUGUACGUCACACCUUUUCAAAGAAACGUAUCUACCACUUCACCGUGCCAGGAAGAUAUUACGGGUGCCUGUAUCCAUAUUGUCGACGACAAUUACAGUGAUGAUUCUUCAGCUUCCAACAAUACGUUAGUGAUUUGUCUCCUAGUAGUACUGGUGUUUGUGUGUUUGGUGUCCAUAGGAUUCUUCUUCUGUUGGAAAAAGAUGUCGAAGUUCCAGAUGAGUGGAAACAGUGAUGAAACCAUCAACGAGACUUUACAUAGUGGACACUAUAUGGAGCUGACAGAGGAGCAAAAGUUUUAGUGGUGUGGGCUGUUUAUGGAGCUGACAGAGGAUCAACAGUUUUAGUGGUGUGGGCUGUUUAUGGAGCUGACAGGGGAGUAACAGUUGUGGUGGUGUUGGCUGUUUAUGGAGCUGAAAGAGGGGCAAAAGUAUUAGUGGUGUGGGCUGUUUAUGGAGCUGACAGAGGAACAAAAGUAUUAGUGGUGUCGACUGUGUAUGGAGCUGACAGAGGAGCAACAGUUUUAGUGGUGUGGGCUGUUUAUGGAGCUGACAGAGGAGCAAAAGUA